UGUAAAUCUUCAAGCAAUUUGGACAGGUUAUCAAUUGAGACACAUCAAAACAUCUUCUAUAGUCAGACCGAAUUUUCUUUCGAGUGUGCGGCAUCCAGACGGCGUUUAUUUAUCCUCGAACGCGCCCCAGGAGAGCAAAACUCAGGCACACUUUUUCGCAUUUAAGAGCUUCAAUCUAUUCAUAGAAUUCGACAUGACUGAUGAAAUCCGUCGACGUGCAGCUUGCGACAGAUGUCACUCCCAGAAGAUCCGUUGCCCUAGACAGCCAGGGCAAGUUGCAUGCAGUCGCUGCGUUAAAUCCGGAUCACGAUGCAAUUUCAGCCCAUUCAGACAGAAGAAAAACCCCAAUGAUGAUGGAUCCCCUGGAGGAAGUGUCCCUGAAGACCGUGUUUUGACUAGUCCACGGGACGCAACUAGACCUCUGAGCACAUAUGCGGCUCCCAAACGGCGUCGGGUAGAUCUAGAGCCAGGUGCUUCAGAAGAUCAAGUAACCACAAACGCAAGUCAAUCAUACGAGCCCUUUAAUGUUGAUGAUAUGGGUCUCGAUUGGAUGCAAGACUCAUAUCCAACGUCACAAGAUGUUGUGGAUCCAACAUUGAGUCACAUAUUUCCGCUCCCAGAGGGAACCGGAAGUCAAGGAAUUUUCUCUCUUAUGGAUUACGACCCGAAUCCCAUAGUGCAACUCCGCAAAGAACUAAAUCUCACUCGGUCACUCCACAAAACAUCACAUUUGUUGCCGAACCCAGAGUCACGAGCUCAGAUCAUCCCCAUUGCCCCAAAUAUGUGGAUACCAGGAAAUCCAGUCAUUGAGACCGCAUCCGUUGGCGAUUGUGUUCAGAAGCUCUCACAGCUAAGUGUAGACUUGUACCAACACAGUCUAACACUGCCGCCAAUGUCCAUCCAUGAUCCAGAAAAUGCUGAUGAAGAUGGGGCUAUGGAAUCUGGUUUAAAGGACUAUUCUCAGUUCAUCCUCGAGGAAACUUUUCGUCUUACUCAAGGCUUGAUUGAUAUAUAUCCAACAUUUCUAUGCACAUUCUUGAACCACGUCCCUAGUCAAGGAUCGACUCCGCCUUUCUGGAUGGACACGAGCCCUUCAGAAAGCAGCAGUGCUAGUCCUGAGGAUUCUGGAGAGCCCGUAAUACCUCAACAGCCGAGACCACCUCUUGAUCACAGCUCCAUAUUGCUCAUACUGUCUUGUCACACUCGAAUCAUCGAGAUCUAUGAGACAUUGUUCAAGCAUAUGGAUGUUUGCAUGAGGCAAAAAGGGAUUCCAUUGAAUAGUCGGCAGUCAAACAUGAAAGUCCCAACACUCUCGAUUGGGACGUAUACCCCGCCUCCCUCUUCAGCUAUACCUAUGCAGAUGCUUCUCUUGAUUCAAUUUGCCUCGCAGUUAUUCAACUAUGCGGAAGACCUGGCUCUCGAAAUUGAAGGGCAUGACGGUGGUCGGAAGCCGGUAGCAAGUGAGGAUACGACUUUGGCUCUGACUCGAGCUGCGGCUGCCAAUGUGAAAGACCGAGCAAGUCAUAUGGCUCAAGAAAUUGGGACUAUGAGAGGUCUGAUGCUGCGUGCGGGAAUAUUGGCAUAGAGUCGUCUCUUGUCGUCAAGGACAAUUCCUGUGACUGUACAGUAGUUGAAUGAUGGCGGCUUUCUUACGUGAAAGCGCUGAUUCAUGUAUUCCGACUUGAUGCUUGCAUUUGACUCAAGGCUAUCCAUAUUGGAUGAAUUUGAGACGACGUAAUCAUCGCAAGUGUUCGUGAAUCUUCAAGGAAGUCAGAUCGAGCAGCACCAUUGUGAGUCACGUGACUGUAAUGAUCCGCGUUGAGUUACUUGCAAGACAAAAACAUGGAGACGAGGAUUGGCAGCUUGGGUCAGAUUCAGUCAGUAUUGUAAGAUCAUGAAUUGUGUCUUGGUUCCUUGUCUCAACGGACAUUCAGCGGAGGCUCGGACGAUCACUAGC